CUCUGUAAAUACGUUUUGGCACCCGAACAGCAGCUUACACAUAUUAACCCUUCCCGAACGCCCCCAAUAUCAUACCUAAUCCCUCUCCCCAUCUCCUGCAUCCUCUUAUUUUAAUCCUCCUCUAUUCCUUCAUGUCGGAGGAUAUGGACACAGAUGACAUCAACUCAGAUACCUCUCCUCCUCGAGACAUCCCUCAUAAUUCAUCUCCAAAUUCCCGAAAGCGGAAAACCCCUCCAGAACGAGGAGAUUCCGCUGACGCUGAAGGCGAGAGUGUAGACGACUCAGUCGCCGUUCCAAAAGGCGAGUAUGAAACCGGUCGUGUCAUGUGUGAAGUCUGCAGCGAGGGCGUCUCGUUUCGUGACGAAGCAACCGGCGGAUUUACCCUGAAACACUGGGACGCCCAUCGCCAGCAAUGUGCCAACACAACUCAGGCCGUGCCAGAACCUGUCAUCUAUACUCCGGAAAGUACGGCAGAGGCCCUUGCCAACCCUCCUGCCAAACGGCGGCGCGCUAAGCGCACUGAAGAGGAACGCAUUGACUACCUUAGGGCGGAUCCUUACGUCGCACAGUUCGAGGCAUAUCGCGUAUUAUGUGCAUCGUGCGACAAGUGGAUCCGACUCCGUCCUAAUUCCACAUAUUGCUCCAUCCCUUGGGAUGCUCACCGCAAGAGUUGCUUGUCAAAAAAGAUUAACAACAAGAAUGGUUGUGCCCUCGAAGAGAGAAAUUCAUUGCUCUCCAAAGACCCGGACGUCCGCAAGUUUGAUGCCGAGCGGGUACUGUGCAAUACUUGCGACCGUUGGAUCCAAGUCAGCCCCGAAAACCAUAUGCAGGCGGUCCAAAAGUGGUUACACCACAGGUCGUCCUGUCAAAAGGGUGCUGGACAGUCUUCCGCAGCUCAAGCGGAAGCUUCAUCGUCUCAACCACCGAAAUCUGACACAGCAGCCCGAGAUAGCCAACACGUGUCUGCAACUUCAAGGCGUCCUUCGGGCUCACCCGUCCACGGAAAAACUCCCAUACCACCGGCAACACCAUGCUCACCGUCUUCAUCCUUCAAGGAUUUGACACCCACCAAUUUUCCAGCUCAUGAAUCUCGUCGACGAAAUGCCGAACAACGAGCUGCAACUCUCAAGGCAGAUCCUCUGGUUGAAGAGGUUGAGCCGAACAGAGUAUUCUGUUCUCUUUGCAAGAAGUGGGUUCAGCUUCGACAAGAUAGUUCAUACUGCGCGUAUCCAUGGAUACAGCAUCGGGGAAAGUGUUUAGCUCGACAUCAGAGGCGAGCUCAGAAAGCUGCAGAAGUUGCAGAAAUUAGAGCCAAAGGUGGCACAACCCAUCCUGACGACGGAAGCUUGUCAGAUGAUGAUGCGUCUGCCGAAGACGAACUAGAAUCAGAGGAACCACACGACACCCAGGAACUCCCCACGGAUGAUAAGCGCAAAGCCAGGUUUUCGGAUUUUCGGUCUCUUCACACUACAAAGAAACAACGAUUAGACAAUGGAAGCAGCCGCACUGGCCCCACUUGGGUUGUUCCUGAUAAUGCUUCCACCAGCAAGAGAUCAUCACAAAACGUCCGCUCUAUCCGCCCAAAGGGAAGCGACCUUCAGGUGCCAACGGAAGCCUCCGGGUCGACGAGCCGCCUGAACCGCCGUCUUGCGCUUAGUUUUGCUGACUUGACCACCGUUCCUGGCCGGAUGGAUUUCAUUUUUUCGUCAAUCGCAUAUCUAUUUAUGACCACUUAUGACAGCACGGAUGACAUGACCAUAUCUUCCCUGUUGACCUACUUAAACUCUGCCAUACCUGCAGACAAACACGAGGACUUUGACACAGCCGAAGUCGUCAAAGCGGCGGCCGCCUUACAGGACCGUGGUGACAUCAUCUUUGAAGGCGAUAUGUUACGCCUUCCGGACUAGCGGGUAAUCUCGGACGUUUUGAUUCCGAUUCUUGUGCAUAUAUGUAUACCUAUUUUCUCGUUUUGCAUUUCUUGGACUGCCACUCCACUAUCUACUUAUUAGCCCUGCAUCCAUAAGGUCCCCUCAUCCAUCACGUUGAUUUUUGUUCAACUUCACCGACGACAAUCGCAUCGAAAGUGUAUCUACCGUUCAUACCACUGACGUCUUGUAUCAUUGCUAAUUUCUUGAAUGCCAUGUGUUGUA